GGGAAGCCCCGCGCGCGCUGGGGGCGGAGCUCCGUGACGUCAUCAGCGGGCGCCGCACCCCAGCCGGAGGCGGAAGAGCUGCCGCGGCGACGCGAAGCCACGUGCGGCGUCUCCAGGAGUCGGAGGCCGACGAGCGUCGCCGGCCAGGCCGAUGUUGCUGUUUACUGCCUGCUGCACAGCCCCAGCCUCCGCUUGAGGACCCUUGCAUUUGCAUCGCCCCGUCACCCGUCUGCCCAGGAGCCCGCCACGGGGGAAGGUCUCCGGCACCUGUGGGACCAGCAGCACCAUGAGCUUCGUGGCCUACGAGGAGCUGAUCAAAGAGGGUGACACAGCCAUCCUGUCCCUGGGCCAUGGCGCGAUGGUGGCCGUGCGCGUGCAGCGGGGGGCCCAGACCCAAACCCGGCACGGCGUGCUGCGGCACUCAGUAGACCUCAUCGGCCGCCCCUUCGGCUCCAAGGUGACCUGCGGACGAGGCGGCUGGGUGUAUGUGCUGCACCCCACGCCGGAGCUCUGGACACUGAACCUGCCGCACCGCACCCAGAUCCUCUACUCCACCGACAUCGCCCUGCUCACCAUGAUGCUGGAGCUUCGGCCUGGCUCCGUGGUCUGUGAAUCCGGCACCGGCAGUGGCUCCGUGUCCCACGCCAUCAUCCGCAGCAUCGCGCCCACGGGCCACCUGCACACGGUGGAGUUCCACCAGCAGCGGGCGGAGAGGGCGCGGGAGGAGUUCCAGGAGCACCGCGUGGGCCGCUGGGUGACCGUGCUGAACCAGGACGUGUGCCGCAGCGGCUUCGGCGUGAGCCACGUGGCGGACGCCGUCUUCCUGGACAUCCCCUCUCCUUGGGAGGCUGUGGGGCAUGCCUGGGACGCCCUCAAGGUCGAAGGUGGGCGCUUCUGCUCCUUCUCACCCUGCAUUGAGCAGGUGCAGCGCACAUGCCAGGCGCUGGCGGCCUGCGGCUUCUCGGAGCUGAGCACCCUGGAGGUGCUGCCGCAGGUCUACAAUGUGCGCACCGUCAGCUUGCCCGCCCCCGACCUGGGGGCCCACCCCGGCCCCGACACCGCCCCCUUCCGCAGCGGCACGCCCAUGAAGGAGACCGUGGGUCACACCGGCUACCUGACCUUCGCCACCAAGACUCCGGGCUAGGGAGCCGCGCCCGGGAGCCCCGGGGGCUGGGAGGCGAGCCUUGGCCAGAGACUGCCUUGUAUGGUCAGCGGCCGCCUGCCAGGGCUGGUGUUUAGAAAUGGACCUGCAGUGGGGAGGCUGGGGCGAGGGCGCCUCCCUGGACGGCUGGCAGGGUGACGGGUGGGGGGCUGCCGCCGUGUGCAGCGUCGCGGCCCUGGUGGGGAGCGCUCCUGCCUGCGGCCCCCCGGGAUCAGCGUGCCCGCCCUGCCGGCUCGUGGCCUCGCAGUCUUCACUUCCACGGGCUCCCCCGGGUGGGCACAUGGCCCCAAACAGGGAGGGCAGAGGAGGAGGCCCGAGACGGUGGCCUUGGGCCCAGGACCCCCACCGCCCGGCUGCCAGCAGAGAGGUGGCUUCAGGCCUGACACCCCCACUGGGUGCUGCACCAGCCGUGUGCCCAGGUUCCCUCCUGGCAGGCCCCACCCGCCUCCUGGCUUCUCCACCCAGGAAGCGCCUCCUCCGAGGCCCCGGCCCGGCCAGAGCCUCGGGUGCGGAUCCGUGAGAAGACGGCGUCCAGUGGCGGAGAGCAGAGCCAGGCGUGGGCCUGCCUCCUGGCGGCUGGCGGUGCUAGAGCUGGUCUGUGUGCCUGCCCGGAGGGGACCCGGGGUCCUGGACUGAGCUCCAUGCCGCCCCGCCCCGCCGCGCCUGGCCUCCAGGUCCAUGUGGCCUCCCCCAGCACCCUGUUUCACAAAGGGCCUGGGUGCCUGCUCUGGUCUCAGCCCGCCGGCAGGAGCCUCAGUGAACCCUUGUUGGCACGAGAGCAGCUGGUCUGGGGCUGCUGCCCAACCACCCCCGGUGGAGAAAUAAACGCUGUUGCCCCCGCGCAA